AUGAAGAUCACUGUCAUGACCGCUGAUGAGCAAAUUCUCACGUUGGAUGUGGAUCCCCACGAAUCUGUGGAAAAUGUCAAAGCAUUGCUCGAGGUUGAGGUCUUGUUGGACUUUAAUUUGUGUGGCCCUUCUGUUGUUGUUGGGUGUGUUUUGUCUAUGAUUGGAUUUCUUGUUGUGUUUUUUGAUGGUAAACUUUGUGCAUAUGAGAAGACUAGUGUGCCUCUUCAACAACAGCAGCUUCUGUUUAAUGGGAAGGAGGUGAGGAAUUCUGAUAAGUUGAGUGCCCUUGGUGUUAAGGAUGAUGAUUUGCUGAUGAUGGUGUCUGGUACUGGCGCCGCCUCUAGUGGAUCUACCAAUGAUUUGAGUUUGAAUACUGAUGGAUCGGCUGUCAACCCUGGUGCUUUCCAGCAGCACAUAAGACGAGAUUCUAAUUUGAUGGGUCAGCUCUUUCAGAGUGAUCCAGAGUUGGCACAAGCCAUUUUAGGGAAUGAUCUGAAUAGAUUGCAGGAAGUUUUACGUAUGCGUCAUCACCAAAGAGAUGAAUUAAAGCGUCAGAAAGAAGAAGAGCUUGCUCUUCUUUAUGCUGAUCCUUUUGAUGUUGAAGCACAAAAGAAGAUUGAAGCUGCCAUCCGCCAGAGAGGGAUUGAUGAAAAUUGGGCAGCUGCAUUAGAACAUAAUCCUGAAGCUUUUGCUAGAGUGGUCAUGUUGUAUGUUGAUAUGGAGGUUAAUGGUGUCCCAUUGAAGGCAUUUGUUGAUAGUGGAGCCCAGUCUACCAUUAUAUCAAAAAGCUGUGCUGAGCGUUGUGGAUUGCUCAGACUUUUAGAUCAGCGAUACAAAGGGAUUGCUCAUGGAGUGGGCCAGUCAGAAAUAUUGGGUCGUAUUCAUGUAGCUCCAAUCAAGAUUGGGAGUAUAUUUUACCCUUGCUCAUUCUUGGUGCUGGACUCUCCGAAUAUGGAGUUCCUCUUUGGACUGGAUAUGCUCCGAAAACACCAGUGUAUAAUUGAUUUGAAAGAAAGUGUUUUGCGGGUUGGUGGAGGAGAAGUUUCUGUGCCAUUUUUGCAAGAGAAAGACAUACCAUCUCGGCUUUUAGACGAGGAGAAGUAUGCUAAGGAAGCUUCUGGCUCUGGUGUUGAAAUUACAUCAGGAAGCAAUAAUCCAUCAACAGGAGGCCACCCUUCUGGAGGAGCUUCUGGUAACAGAGCUAAGGAAUCUGAAUUUGAAGCCAAAGUUGCAAAGCUUGUUGAAUUGGGGUUUGAAAGAAAUGCAGUUGUAGAAGCUCUUCAAUUAUUCAAUGGCAAUGAGGAACAAGCUGCAGGCUUUCUUUUUGGGGGCUAG